CUGGUGUUUCACGGUAAUCCUAACCUUAAUGUUAAGUAAAACACUAGCGUACCAGCACCACUUUAACAAGAGGGUAUAUGUCGCGCAAGCGCAUGUUUACAAUUGACAUUCACGCGCGCCUUUACCCUGCGGUAAAGGCGCGCGUGUAUUGCGUGUAGUCCCUAGUGUGGUGUGUGCCUACGAUUUCGCAUCUAAACGUCUACCCACGGCCAUAUCACUGUUUUAACAUGAUGGCCGACAUGCCGUUGACUGAAAGCCCGUGGCUAUAAUGGAAACCCGUUCAAAGAAAUUAAACACGGGAAAACCGUAGAUUCCGUGAAAUGACGUGCGAAACGAAUUCUUUUGUUUUUGACAUUGCCAAUUUUGUACCAUCAAUUAAUUAUCUACAUAAUAUUUUAUUGAUAUUCAAAACAAUCUUUAAGGUUAUUAACACUAAAGGGAUGUCAAACUAUGUUCGGCAACCAAAAAACGUCCAUGUUCCAUUUAAGGCUAUUAAAACGACUAUUAUAUAAGACCUUUAGCCAUAGUAUCAAAUUAAAUAACCUGGAUGAUGUACGUGAUAUAAAAAAAAAAAUUAUCAGAUGGAUUAUCCAAUUACAUAAAUAACAAUAAGACCUUGAAAAUUAUUGAUAUAGAAAUUCAGUCAACAAUGUAUUGAAAUAAAACAGAAUCAAAUUUUAUAAUUUUAACAUAUUUUAUUAUUUUACAUGAUGUUUUGUCUGAUAAAUAAUUUGAUUUUCAGUUUUUGUACUUUUAUACUUAACUCGUCAAACAAUUGUUCCUAUUGUCCUAAUUUACAAAGCAUGUCAAGUGGAAAAUACACUUAAGAGUGUAUACAUUAAUUAAAAAUUCAUUUUUAAUCGCAUUCAUAGUAUAGAAGUUAUCAACAACAAUCUACAGUUUUCAUGAAUACGACUCAAAGUAUAUAACGGCAACAUGCAUACAUACCAAACGACUUAAUUUUGAUGUACGACCAGGUAUUUUAAGCUGAAAGGUCAGAAGUAUAGGAAUUUUAAUUCCUGGGUACUUUGUUAGUACAUAAAUUUCUAAGUGUCUUUUAUGUAUACAAAUAAAACAACGCGUUUUAUAGAGAAUCUUACGAUCUCAAACUCGAUAAUAGUAUUCAGAAUAAUUUUUUAGGAGAACUCCAAAAUAUGUAAAUAUAUAUAUAUGUGUGUGUGUGUGUAUGUAUGUAUUUUUGAAAAACAUUCCUAAGGGGGUCCGGACCCCUUGAACCCCACUUGGAAACGGCCUUGAUAGCAUUAACAAUACUAAAAGCACAUUCAGAGUGAUUAUAAAAAUAAUUAAAACGUUUUAAAAUAAAGUAAUUAAACUGAAAAGAUAAUUUAACAUAUACAUUAUCUAAAGGCACAAUAGAUAAUAAAUAUAACAAACAAUUAUCAAUGGUAUUUUAUGAUGGAUUGAUUUUUCAAACUGCAGUAUAAAUUCAAUAUGAAUUAAGUAUAAUACACUUAAUUUAUACUAUUUAAAUUAGACAAAUAAAAUUACUAUAACAACUAUAUAAAAUAACAUAUUCAUUAUCAUUCUGAGAAUACUCAAAUUUAACAGUAAAAGUAUAAAAAUUUCUAUUUUAUUUUUUACAUAAAAAAUAUAAAGUAACUUCAUGGUUGAUGAAAAUAUAAACUGUGACGAUUUAGUAUUAACAACCAGCGAUGAUCAAUUCGUUAAGUGUCAUGAAUUAUCUGCUCAUGGUGAUGGCCAAAGUCAUGAUUGCCAAAACAGUAAAAAUUUAAGUGUCGUAACUUUGGGUAACGCUGCUAUUCAAUCAAAAAACAUAGAUUUCGCCAAAUUAAAACAAAAAAACCAACAAAAAGCAUUCAAUGCAAAAUUUAUUAUAUACAAGAAUACGCAAAAAUAUUUUAUUUCAGCUGCAGACCAACUAAUUGAUAGUCAUGCAGCGAUUAACAAGUUAAAAAAUAACAUCGGUACAAACAAUUCUGAUUGUGACUUGAUAAGUCUGCAAAAAUUGGUAAUGGGUAUUGUAACGGAAAAGUUUGGUAUUGAAUUUUCUACACCAAAAAAAACCGGUGUCAAAAAAAUUCAUUCAGUAUAUAUACCUAAUCUCAAGGUACCACAAACAUUCGAUUUACAUUCGAUAGAACAAUUAGAAAAGGUAAUUAGUCCGUUAAUUUUACUGUAUGAUGAUUUAUGGCGAAAAUUAGUGAAAGUCACGGAUAUGAAAAUUAAGUACUUAUAUUUGCUCCGGAAAAUUAUGAACAAAGAUGAAUUUCAUGACUUAGACGAAGUUACAAAUUAUUUAUCACAAAAUGGUUUUGAAAAAGAACCGAAGGUAGGAGACGUUUCCAUUAAUUUGGAAAAAUUUCACGGUGACAUGAAGUAUAAAUUAGAAACAACAUUAAGGGAACUGGAAAAAGGUUUAGAUGCGAAGAUAAAAAGCGAGAAUGUAAAUAAAAAGAACAUAGAUACAAGUGCCUUAGAAACAAAAAUAUCCGAUUUGACUUUGACGAUAGAAAAACUUCACAAAGAAAAUAAAGCGUUAAAAAAAAUAAAAACCGAUUGUAAUGAAUCGACCAAAAAUAGAAAUUCGUCAAUACAGAAUGACAUGGCUAAUAGAGUUAAAAUAUUAGAAGAAGAAAAUAAAAAGUUAAGAUCAGAAGAUUUAGAACGUUCAAAACAAUUGCAACUAGCCAAGGCCGAAAUCUCAUUUCAUAAGAGCAAAUUGAACAGUGCUAGAGAACAGUUAGUCAUAAUAAGUAAAGAAAAGACUGAUUUGAUUGAUACCAUUGGACAGAUAGAAGUGAAAGAAGAAGGUUUGCACUCACUAAAAGCCAGAGUAAACAAAUUGAUAAGUGAAAAUGAUCGAUUGAGAACUGUGAUGCAAAAAAUUGACGAAAACGAGUUCAGUAAUGAACAUUAAUGGUAAAAAAGACUUCUGUAAUUAUUUUAAAUACUUGAUAAUAAUUAUAUUCACUAGUGUAUUGACUUACUGUUAUUUUUCUUUAUUUGACGGUCAAUAUCAUGACACUUACAUUUUCUUAUGCGUUCACAAUAACUUGGAAAGAGUUAAUGAAUGUAAUGAUUACACAAUAGUAAUUUGACUUACUUUCUUAUUAAACUAUUUCGUAACAUGCUAUUUGUGGUUUUUAUAAUAAUUUGACUCGUGGUACUUAAAGAUGUCGUAUUUCAAUAAAAUAUAAACAAGAUAGUUUCGAAAUUUGACAAGUGAUUUAUGCACGACAUAAAUAAUACAUCUAAACAUAAUUUUAAAAAUUGAAUCCCUCUAAGUAGAGUAUAAGGUGAUUGGUUGAUUUAUUGAUUGAAUGGAAAGCACCAAUGUGAGAUGUAUUUUUUCUCGACACCGUAUUAAUUUUGACGAUACUUCAAUAUUAAUCAUGUAUAGUCAACCCGUAUUACAGUAACAAUUUUAUUUUAAGAUACAUUCAAAUAUUCACAUUAAUUUAUAAAUUAUUUUAUUUAAUACACCAGAAUGAAUAAAUGUUAACGAAA